CGGAAAUGCGUGGCUGGGAGGAAAAUGGCGUUUCGCCCACUGAAUAUACCUCUUGUAUGUGUGGCAUCAAAAUAUUCGUUUAGCCCUUUCUUUUUGUCUAUUUUCGUCGCCUUUGCAGCGUUACAAACAAUAACAUCUGAAGACGUGUUUAGUGCGAGCCGCACGGCUUCAUUGUCAGUCUCUGCAGCCAGGGAUCUUCGGUACCUUUUAUAUGACGUAAACCCACCUGAAGGGUUUAAUUUGCGAAGAGAUGUCUACAUCCGCAUGGCCUCACUGGUCAAGACUUUGAGGAAAGAAGGGGGUGACUGGGUAUUGGUCCUCCCCCCGUGGGGUCGAAUUUAUCACUGGCAAAGUCCUGAUAUCCACCAGAUUCGUAUCCCAUGGGGAGAGUUCUUCAGCCUGACCAGCCUGCAAGCCAACGUACCUGUUAUUGAGUAUGAGGAAUUCAUUGCUGAAAAUGGGGGUCCUUUCAUAGACCAGGUGCUUGUGCUACAGAAUUAUGCCGAGGGAUGGACUGAUGGAAAAUGGGAGGAAAAAGUUGAUGAGCGUGCAUGCAUUGAGAAGCUACUGUACACCAAAGACAAACAGGGCUACUACAGGGGAUGGUUUUGGGGCUAUGAAGAAACAAGAGCCCGAAAUGUGACAUGUUUAUCAGCUCAAGGCCAUGCAUCCAUCAUGGCCCCAGUUCUUCAGAAAAACUUCACAGCAAUCUCAGUCAUGCUUGACAGAGCAGAGACUCUCCUACAUGAUCACUAUGCUGGAAAAGACUACUGGAAUACGCGGCGCAGCAUGGUUUUUGCCAAGCACCUGCGACUCAUAGGGGAUGAUUUCAGAGCAAAAUAUCUGAACUCCACAGAUGACACCGACCGUACACUAUUUAAUGAAAACUGGACCCACAUGAAAUCCAAGCCUGGGUCUGCUCUAGGAGGUCCAUAUAUUGGGGUUCAUCUUCGCAGGAAGGACUUCAUCUGGGGUCACAGAGAUGAUGUGCCCAGCCUGAAAGGGGCAGUCAAAAAGAUACGCAGCAUGAUGAAGAAACACAAGCUUCAGACAGUAUUUGUUGCAACUGAUGCAGAUGGAGAAGAACUGAGAGAGCUGAAAAGGUUGUUGCCAGACAUGGUGCGGUUUGAGCCACCCAAAGAGGAUCUGGAGCUGCUCAGAGAUGGAGGAGUGGCUAUUAUUGACCAGUGGAUAUGUGCUCAUGCAAGGUUCUUCAUUGGGACAUCAGUUUCCACCUUUUCUUUUCGGAUUCACGAAGAAAGAGAAAUCUUGGGGUUUGAUCCUAAAACCACAUACAACCGAUUCUGUGGAGACUCUGAGAAACAAUGUGAACAGCCCACACACUGGAAAAUUGUUUAUUAACUUUACCUCCACCUCUUCUGAAGCACAAGUGCCAAAAGCAGUAUUACAAUGGAAGGAUUUAUGAAAGAAGUUCUGUUUGGGUAUUUUUUAUGAUUUCAGUGUUAGAUGGCCAUUGUAUUUUUACUUUGUGCUUACAAGGCUUAAGUUCUGCUCCUCAACAGUGUAGGCAUCAUAAAUUUAAUUUAUAUAUAGUUUUAUUUAGAUCAAUGGUCUGUGAAUCUUUCAUAAAAGGGUAUUGUAUUUCAUGCAUUAUAUUUCUAACUCGCAAGUGGAGUGAAUUAUGUCAAGUGGAGACUGAGACUAGUGUAUGACUGUAUUUGAUUUAGAUUUGAUAUUAUCAAAAAUGUUUUUUACUGUUUAAGAAUUCUGGAGUAUUUUAAGAUCAAUGUAUAAAAAAAAUCAAAAGUACGUCAAGAGGAAGGAAUCAAAGCUUGCUUGGUGUAAACAUCUACCAUUCAAUAAAGAUUUGUUUACAGAAAGUGUAUAUGCAUAACUAAAAUUAUUAUUUUUUAUUCCUAAAAAAGCAAUGUAAAUCAAAUGAUUAAAGAUUUCAUAUUAUGUUUUUUUUUCUAGGCACAUACUUAAAUUUAAAGCACUAUCAAUUAGACAUGUUAUCUUCAGCUCUAAUUUUUUAUUUUUUUAAUGAAAAAAUGUAUAAAUCAUGACAUCAUCAUGAUAUAUACAUCAGUGAUGUAUACAUCAGGAAAAAUAUAUUAUUUUUUCUGUCAAGGAAAAAUGAUAUAUAAUGAUAAAAUAAUACUGCUAUUUUCACCCUGUGGUUUGUUCUAUAAAGUAUCUAUUUUUCCUUUAGCUUAAACAAUUCUGAUUAUUUUUUCUUCAAAAUCGCUGAAUUUUUACAUUUUCCCAUUCAAAUGCUCAGAAGCGAAGCCGAUGAGGCAGACCCGAGUGAAGUUGGCUCCCACCUUCUUCAAAUCAGACAAAAUUGGUGUCAAAUGUUUGUGCUGGAUUGUGCAGCAAAAAAAAAUUGUUUGUGCUGCUUUAUGUUUAUGACUAAAAACCAUAAGGUGUUAGCAGGACUGAAAGAAAACACUGUAGUUACUUUGGUGAUGAGGUUUCAACCUUUUACAAAGUAAUGGCUUUAUGUCACCUAUGACCCUGUAAGGCUCAACAAUAAAGCUUUCUGUUGCUCAUGCUGAAGGUAAAUUGCUGUAACCUCUGCUGAUAAAUGAAAAGAAUGUGUUUGUUGUUCGGCCUGCUCCUCUUUCUGGAACUUCCUUCGACAUAAAGUAAAAGCUCAGUGCAAACAUA